GAGGGCGCGCGGUACGGCGCGGGGCGCGACGCCCGGGCGCGCAGAGGCCGCCGCAGGAAGCGGGGCGGUGUCCAGGGCCGGCGGGGUGAGGGCAGUGUUGUGGAGCCGUCAGAUCCGGGCCGUGGCCUCCCGGGCUGGGGGGCUUGGUUGUGGAGGCUGGGGACGGUCGCGGUCGGUGGGGAGGGGGUGAAGGCACCCCGCACAGCACUUCCCCGGCCAGGCCCAGGCAUGCCCGUCCUUGUAAGGCAAAAUCUUCGAUGGGAGCCUCCCUCCCUAAAGCCUCGUGGCGGAACAGCUGUUUGACGCAUUCAGAAGGAAGGAUGACAGCUCUACAGAGGAACACGGUGUGAAUGGAAGAAACCUGUCAUUAUGCAAACAGUACAGCACUCUGAACAGACUCUAAAAACAGCUCUCAUCUCAAAGAACCCGGCGCUCGUGUCACAGUAUGAGAAGUUAGACGAUGGCGAACGGCGUUUGCUGAACAAAGCCUUCAAGCCAGACAAUGAUCUGUUUGGACCCAUUACCCUGCAUUCAGAAUCAGACUGGAUCAUCUCCCAUCCGGAGGCUCCCCAAGACUUCGAAGAGUUUUUCAGUGAUCCUUCUAGAAAGGCACCGUCUCCAGAGAAACGCAGUAUUUAUAUACAGUGCAUUGGGUCUCUGGGAAACACCAGAAUUAUCAGUGAAGAAUAUAUUAAGUGGCUGAAAGGUUACUGUGAAGCAUUUUUCUAUGGCUUGACAGUAAAACUCCUAGAACCGGUUCCUGUCUCUGUCACGAGGUGUUCCUUUAGAGUCAAUGAUAACACACAAAACCUACAAAUUCAUGCAGGGCAUAUCCUGAGGUUCUUAAAAAAGAAGAAACCUAGAGAUGCCUUCUGUAUUGUGGGAAUAACAAUGAUUGAUCUUUACCCACGAGACUCCUGGAAUUUUGUCUUUGGACAGGCCUCUUUGACAGAUGGUGUGGGGAUAUUCAGCUUUGCCAGGUACGGCAGUGAUUUUUAUAGCUCACACUAUGAAGGCAAAGUGAACAAGCUACAGAGAGUAUCUUCAAGUGACUAUUCCAUUUUUGAUAACUAUUACAUCCCCGAAGUGACCAGUAUUUUGCUGCUUCGUUCCUGUAAGACUUUAACCCAUGAGAUUGGACACAUAUUUGGACUCCGGCACUGCCAGUGGCUUGCAUGCCUCAUGCAAGGCUCCAACCACUUGGAGGAAGCUGACCGGCGCCCCCUCAACCUUUGCCCCAUCUGUUUACGCAAGCUGCACUGUGCUGUGGGCUUCAACAUCAUAGACAGAUACCAGGAAAGGAUGAGUUUCUUGAAGGAGGAAGAGGGAGAGGACGUAAUCUCGGCGCUGGUGAGGUGGAUUGACGAUGAGUCCGCCGACAGCCCUGGAGUCCGCAGGGAGCACAGUCGGGAGGAUCACGUGACUUUGCCAAAGCCUGUGGAAGCCUUUAAGGAAUGGAAGGAGUGGAUAAUAAGAUGCCUUGCUGUAGUCCAGAAAUAAGGACCUUCGCCUAGGAGUAAUUCCCGUAAACCUUUGCGCAUUAUGCCUUCCCUUGGAUGCCGUACUUCCUUAGAACAAACUGCUUUACUGACUCUGCCCUGUGUCAAGUAACAGAAUGGAACCUUUUUAAAGCAUCUGAACUUUGAAAUGAGGCUUACUUGGGAUGCCGACAACUAUAAACCCUCAGCCUGGUCGUGGUAGUGAGCUCGUCAUUUCCGUCCUUGAAAUCCAUUUAUACCUCACAAGGGAGUUAGGACUAACAGAUAAGUAAGUAAAUAUAAAAAUCACUGUAUAUAUCCCAAGAAAGGAUAUCCAAGGAAUGUAAUUUCCAGGGGGUGAUUUUUGAUUCAUUUCUCAGAAGGAGUGCGCUGCCUCCUACAGACCCAGCCUCGUCUGUGGACUGUCAUUUCCAGGGAGCCUGUCUGCUCUCCCUUUAUUCGCUGGUUGUCCCUUGAGCCUGAAAGAAGCGAUAGUUCAUUUGGGGUUUGGCAGCUUAUAAAAUGUGACGUCCUCUCAACCAUAUUUACAAGUGAAACUAACAGGACUUGUACAACAAACUA